UGCGCUUGUCAUAGAGCGUUUUUUGUGCGACUGUGAAAUUUUUGGAUAGUACGCCAAAUUACAGCGCGAUAAAAGUCUAUACCUAGCCCCUCAAUCCGGAUUGCGGGUUGCAAUGGCACACAAUUAUAUUGUGACCGCUCAGAAGCCGACCGCGGUGACGGCUUGCGUAACCGGAAAUUUUACAACACCAUCUGACUUAAAUCUUAUUGUGGCAAAAAGUUCACGUUUGGAAAUAUACCUUGUAACGCCAGAAGGAUUACGACCAAUCAAGGAAAUCGGCAUCAAUGGCAAGAUUGCGGUCAUGAAAUUAUUUCGUCCGGUGGAAGCCCUGAAGGACCUCAUUUUUAUUUUGACCCAUCGUUACAAUGCACUGAUUUUGGAAUGUGCGGUUCAAGGUGAUGAUAUAGAAAUUAUCACUAAAGCACACGGCAAUGUGGCGGAUCGCGUUGGCAAACCGGCAGAGACAGGAAUUUUAGCAGUCAUUGACCCGAAAGCACGUGUUAUUGGUAUGCGAUUAUACGAGGGCCUGUUUAAAAUUAUCCCGCUGGAUAGGGAUACACAUGAACUAAAGGCAACCAGCUUACGAAUGGCAGAGAUGCACGUGCAGGAUGUGGAAUUUUUAUAUGGAACGCAGCAUCCGACGCUUAUUGUAAUCCAUCAGGAUUUAAACGGGCGGCACAUUAAAACACACGAAAUCAACUUGAAGGAUAAAGAUUUCACGAAAAUUGCCUGGAAGCAAGAUAAUGUUGAAACCGAGGCUACAAUGUUGAUACCAGUUCCAACUCCGCUCGGGGGAGCGAUUGUCAUUGGGCAGGAAUCUGUAGUGUAUCAUGAUGGUGAUAGCUAUGUCGCCGUAGCUCCAGCUAUUAUUAAGCAAAGUACCAUCAACUGCUAUGCUAGAGUUGACAGUAAAGGUUUUAGAUAUCUGCUAGGAAAUAUGAUCGGAAAUCUAUUCAUGAUGUUUUUGGAGACAGAAGAGAAUGGUAAAGGUCAGGUUAGUGUAAAGGAUAUAAAGGUAGAGCUGCUGGGUGAAAUCACUAUACCGGAGUGUAUUACCUACUUGGAUAAUGGAGUGCUUUUUAUUGGUUCUCGACAUGGUGAUUCGCAACUUGUAAAACUUAAUACCACUGCAGGAGAAAACGGAGCUUAUGUAACUGUUAUGGAGACUUUUACAAAUCUUGCUCCAAUCAUAGAUAUGUGCAUAGUCGAUCUUGAAAGGCAAGGUCAAGGACAAAUGAUAACUUGCUCUGGAAGUUAUAAGGAAGGAUCAUUACGCAUAAUUCGAAAUGGAAUCGGUAUUCAAGAACAUGCUUGUAUAGAUUUACCGGGUAUUAAAGGAAUGUGGGCUUUGCGUGUUGGUAUCGACGACAGCCCUUUUGAUAAUACACUAGUUCUAUCUUUCGUUGGUCAUACCCGAAUUUUAACUCUCUCCGGAGAAGAAGUAGAAGAAACCGAGAUUCCUGGUUUCAUGAGCGAUCAGCAAACUUUUUACUGCGCCAAUGUGGACUACGGCCAAAUUAUUCAAGUUACUCCGCUUACAGCUCGGUUGAUUCAGUGCGACAACAAAUCUAUGAUUUGUGAAUGGAAACCUCCCGAUGAUAAAAGAAUUGGUGUUGUCGCUUGCAAUUCCUGCCAAUUGGUGUGCGCAACUGCACGUGACAUAUAUUAUAUCGAAAUCGAAGCAGGAAAACUAUUACAUAGAAGUACUGUUACUUUAGAUUACGAAGUAGCCUGUCUGGAUAUAUCUCCAUUAGAUGAAAAUGCAACGCGUUCAGAGUUAGUGGCUGUUGGCUUGUGGACUGAUAUUUCCGCUUGCAUUUUACGAUUACCUAAGCUUGAAUUCGUACAUACGGAGAAACUGGGAGGAGAGAUAAUCCCACGUUCAAUUUUGAUGGCCUGUUUUGAGGGUAUUGUCUACUUACUGUGUGCUUUGGGUGACGGUUCCAUGUUUUAUUUCGUGUUGGAUAAACAUACAAACCGGUUAACUGACCAAAAAAAGGUUACACUUGGUACCCAACCAACAAUUCUCAAGACGUUUCGUUCGUUAUCAACGACAAAUGUGUUCGCUUGUUCAGACCGUCCUACAGUCAUCUACAGCUCAAAUCAUAAACUGGUGUUUUCAAAUGUUAACCUAAAGGAGGUUAAUCACAUGUGCUCGCUAAAUGCCGAAGCCUAUCAAGACAGUCUGGCACUUGCUACAAAGAACUCAGUGAUACUUGGGACGAUUGAUGAAAUCCAGAAACUUCAUAUUCGCACCGUACCACUUGGAGAAUCGCCACGUAGAAUCGCGUACCAGGAAGCUUCUCAGACGUUUGGAGUCAUCACAGUACGAAUGGAUAUUCAAGAUUCUAGUGGAUUAACUCCAUCGCGACAGAGCGCUUCGACACAAACAUCAAAUGUGACAUCGUCGAGUAAUAUGGGUCUUUUAAAACCGGGUGCCAGUAAUACCGAAUUCGGUCAGGAGGUGGAAGUGCAUAAUUUGCUUAUCAUAGACCAAAACACAUUUGAAGUAUUGCAUGCACAUCAGUUCAUGCAAACGGAGUACGCGAUGUCAUUGAUUUCUGCUAAAUUGGGAAAUGACCCAAAUACUUACUACAUUGUGGGCACAGCGUUAGUAAAUCCAGAAGAGCCGGAACCGAAAGUAGGAAGAAUCAUUAUAUAUCAUUAUGCAGACGGAGCACUAACACAAGUUAGUGAAAAGGAAAUCAAGGGCGCCUGCUACUCCUUAGUAGAGUUUAAUGGUCGAGUUUUGGCCAGUAUCAACUCUACAGUACGUCUUUACGAAUGGACUGACGACAAAGAUUUGCGACUUGAAUGCAGCCAUUUUAACAAUGUCUUAGCAUUAUACUGCAAGACUAAGGGUGAUUUCAUCUUGGUUGGUGACCUGAUGCGUUCCAUCACCCUGUUGCAGUAUAAGCAGAUGGAGGGUAGUUUCGAGGAGAUUGCACGUGAUUAUCAGCCUAAUUGGAUGACGGCAGUAGAAAUUUUAGACGAUGAUGCUUUUCUUGGGGCUGAUAAUAGUAACAAUCUUUUUGUUUGCUUGAAGGAUGGUGCGGCAACCACAGAUGAUGAGCGUCAACAAAUGCCGGAAGUAGCCCAAUUUCAUUUGGGUGAUAUGGUGAACGUAUUUCGCCAUGGAUCUCUCGUCAUGCAAAAUAUCGGUGAAAGAACGACGCCAACUACUGGAUGUGUAUUGUUUGGUACAGUGAGUGGCGCGAUUGGUCUUGUUACUCAGAUUCCACCUGAUUAUUAUGAGUUCUUACGAAAGUUACAAGAAAAUCUGACUCUAACGAUAAAAUCAGUAGGAAAAAUUGAUCAUUCCUACUGGCGCAGUUUCCACACGGAAAUGAAGACAGAGAGAUGCGAAGGAUUUAUUGACGGUGACUUAGUGGAAAGUUUUCUCGAUCUCAGUCGGGAAAAAAUGCACGAGGCAGCAAUCAGUCUGCAGAUUGACGUAGAUGGAUCUAAGAAGAAAGCUUCCGUAGAUGACAUAAUUAAGAUCGUGGAGGACCUUACGAGGAUACACUAGAUUCUAUUCACUUUGAAGUCGAUGUUUUGACAGUAGCGAACUGAGUUCUAUAAUAGAUCGUUUCGAUUAAUUGCGAAUUUUGCACAACAUCGCUUCAUUUGGAUAACAAUGCUAAGGUCUAUUUCUAAACGAUGAAACGAACCUUGUUGUCGCGUUCAGGGUAAGCUCAAGCGUUCUUUUCUUUGAUUAUAAAAUAUUAUUUCCUUUUUGAGAGAUAAUUAAAAAACAAAGCUAGUGAACU